AGCCCAGUACACGCGUUCCCCUGCAAAUGCACAUAUAAGGGCCCUUCUCGGGGCAUUUGCCGGACGUUACCGGGGUUCAUUGUGCUUGCUGUGCUGUGCUCAGUUGGAGUCGGUUCCACUUCAUUGUUACCCCUCACCAGCACAGCCCUGCCGUGACAACCCCACUGUCGCAACAACACGACAGCGAUCGCCAACUCAAAACAACUGAAGCCCGCUGUACUCAUCAUCACCACAUUCCACCACCACUACAAAACCAUCAAGAAGCAAACCAAAGAAAGAACCGCCCACCCCCCUUCGAACGCAAAAAUGGCCACCGAACCCACCGAAACCAAAGACCGCAUAACCUGCCACGUCCUCGACACCACGACCGGCCAGCCCGCCCGCAACAUGCGCGUCAAGCUCGAGCUGAUCUCCACCUCCAACCCCCCCACCACAACCAGCACAACCACCCCCAACAACACCAACACCACCACCACCAACACGACAACCCCCCCCCUCCACCGCGUCUUCGAGUCCCAAACCGACGACGACGGCCGCAUCAAGGCCUGGCUGCCCUACUCCUCCGCGACCUCGUCGGGCGAGGUGCCCGUGUGCACGCUGGGGGACGUGCUGGGCGGCAUGUCGGGGGGCUCGAGCCGGUGGACGCUGCGGUUCGACAGCGCGGGGUAUUUCGGCGGGCUUGAGCAGACCUUCUACCCGGAGGUGGACGUCACCUUUACGGUGCGGGACGGGGAGCGGUAUCACGUGCCGUUGUUGCUGGCGCCGUUUGGGUAUAGUACUUAUCGGGGGAGUUGAACGAAUUCGUGGUUCGGGAGGGGGUUUGUACUGGCUUCGUGCGGAUGGGGAACGGGGUUGAGAGAGGUGGGUUGGGGGGGGGGGGUGGCAUUGUAGUUCAGGGGUUGUG